AUGUUCCACAGAUCCUCUCGCACAAGAAGUUGUUCAGACAGCCAACUCAAUUUCUUUCGCAUUCACCUCCUAGUCUUUCUUUUCGUCCCGCUAGUUGCCAGCGGCGCGUUCUAUAGAAUCAAUGGAGAGUUCCACAUCUGCUAUAUAGACUGUCUGUUCCUUUCUGUUUCUGCCUUCACUGGGACUGGCUUGACCACAGCUAUGCUCUUUGUUCUGAUGAUCUGCGGUGACGUGACCGUCGUAUCAUGGGUCGUGGUCCUCGUACGAAAACACUACUUUCGCGUACAUUGCGAGGCCGUCAUACGCGAAUCCCGUCAACGAUCAAGAUCGCUCAAUCUGACACGCCGACUUGGUCUCUCUCGUCUUUUUACUUCCGGUCUCACUAACAUACUUAGUGGCCGGAGCGACGUUCAGCACCUCCAAGCCCAUCGUUCAACCCAUGAUGGUGCGUAUGCCCGAACGGAGUGCAGUAUCGGAAGAGCUCUCGCAGGAGGGCCCUUUGCCCCUGGGCCUGCCUUUCCACCACAGUCGGGACAGUCAAUGAACAACUCAUAUCACCGCCACGAUCUCAGUCGGGUUGCAUCACCAGAGAGUCCCACGGAUGCGGCACGCAAGGACGGGGAGCACACGGCUAUGGUUGACAUCCAUUCGCCCGCAUGGUCAGCCCGUUCGGACCUCAAAGAACUCGUCCCCUCACCAGAGGUCCAAUUCGCCGAGCAAGCCGCUCUCAAGGCAAAAGAUCAUCGGUCACUUCGUUAUCGAAAUGGACGAGUGAACGUCAGAAAGACUACGGUCAUCAUUCCAUCACGCAACGAUGUAAAUCUCGAGCAGCUCGGCAACAGGCCUAAGGAUCAAGAUUUUGGGGGUUUUCCGGGACCCUUUCGAAUUGCCCGUUUCCUCCUUCGGAAAUAUGCACCAGCGCUUUAUGACUACGCUCAUCGUCUGCUCACCGUGUCACCAGUUCGUACUGCGACAAAUGGCGCGCAUUCAGAGAACAUGGAGGGGUUUUCGCAGAUCCUCUCCAGUCUGAAGGUAGGAAGGAAUGGAUACUUCUAUACAGAUGAGCUCACGGACGAGCAGCUGGAAGAGCUUUGCUUGUUAGAGUAUCGGGCAUUGAAGGCACUCAGUUACAUCGUGAUGAUGUACUUUGUCGGCGUGCAACUCGUAUCUUUCAUUCUCAUUUCAGCGUGGCUUUAUUCCACGUCUGAGUAUGAUGAUCUCUUCGAGAGACAAGAUCAUCCAGUUUCGAAAGCAUGGUUUACGGCUUUCCAAGUCGUCAUCACCAUGGGAUUUGCAAAUAUCUGUGGAAAUACUACGUAUGGUUUGACGCAAGUAACGAGUUAUUGCGCCAUUCAGCCUACCUUACGGAUUGUCUCAAAAGCCGUCAAGAAUGACUGUCGAGACAAUAAAACUCUGCCAUUUCUGCUCACGUAUCCUCGGAGGGUGUUCCAAUGGUCUAUUUUCUUCGUCCUCAACUCAGGUUUGGACGCUUUUGACUCGCUCAGCUUGGGAGCAAAAGUGGCCUCUGCGUUUGUACAAUCGUUCGCGCAAGUCUUUCCCCAGCAUUUCAGUGGGUACUUCAUCAGGCAGAUACGCUCGCACGUUAUCCUUCGGAUACUGAGAGGCUUUAUAUGGCGUAGGGUCUUAUGCGUUGGGACGAUGUACCUCGCUGCAUACCCUGUCGCGCUCUGUGUCCGGUCGACCAAUGUGUAUGAAGAGCUCGACCUUAGAGUGUACAAAGAAGAAUACAACAACAACAAGAAAGCCCUCGGUCAUCCCGAAAAGGAAAUGACUCCGAAGAGAGAAAUGAUAGCGAAGUAUUUUAGGUGGCACUUAGAACGGCAGAUGGCGCAUGAUCUCUUGUGGCUUGUAUGCGGCAUAUGGGUGGUUUGCAUCAUAGAGCGGAAGAGCAUCAUGGAUGCGAAUGUUCCAUGGUUGAAUGUGUUUACAAUAGGCGAGUCCCUUUGCCGGCUCGCGACCUUCAUUAUCCCACAUCAGGUCUUUCCCUUUGAGAUGGUUUCUGCCUUCGGUGGUGGUGGACUAUCAAUUGGCAUCCCCAGCCAGAACUAUGCUCUUUCAGGGGCUUUCUCGACCCCGUCGAAGAUUAUCACCUGUAUUAUGAUGCUAAAGGGACGGCAUAGGGGCUUACCGGUUGCUGUCGACCGUUCAGUUUUACCUCCAGACGAUAUCUUACAGAACGGAGGUGAGCCUGAGAUCAAGUGA